AUGAUUUCAAUACUUCAAUUUAUAGCCAUUACACUUUUAACCUCGGUUGUAUCCUCAAAGAGAAUCAAUUUGUUUAUAAAACCCAUUGAUCAAACAACAACUGAUCCAAUUGGAUUUAUUGAAAAUGAAGCAGUAUAUCUUAUGGAUGUGGAUCUACAACCAGAUCAAGCCUACUGCAUAGGUACUAAAGAUAUACACAAUAAUGAAUGUUUCAGCUAUCAAUCCAAUUUGCCAAACUUGACACAAGCUGUGUUUAACCUAUUCCUUGAUGAAGAUGGUGAUAUACUGAGAUUAUCGUUAUCUUUUGACAACAAGUUAGGUAAGCCACAAGUCAAAAGAAGAAAACAGGUCAUUGCAGCACAGCCAAACAUGAAUCCUGAUUCAAUAAAGAAGCAAAGAGAAGAACAACAACAACAAAAGAAAGCAGGUAGUGGUGGCGAUGGUGGUGGAUCAAUUGUUGAAAAGGUGAAAAAAAAGAAAUUGAUUAAAGAAAUUGAUGCUAAUGGAGUUGAAGUUACUAGAGAAAUCGAAGAAGAAAUCGAAGUGGAAGUUCCAAUUGACGAUAGGUCAUGGAUACAAAAGAAUUGGAUGUAUAUUGUACCUCCAUUGCUUAUAUUUAUGCUAGCAGGCGGUGGUAACGAACAAGGAAGAUAA